AUGGUGUGGUUUCAGUGCGAGGAUUGUGGAGACAAUCUUAAGAAACCCAAGCUCCCUAAUCACUUUAGAAUGUGCUCUGCUUCCAAGUUAUCGUGCAUUGAUUGUGGGCAAGUAUUUGGGCAGACAACUGUUGAAAGUCACACUCAGUGUAUUAGUGAAGCGGAAAAAUAUGGUCCAAAAGGUCAGGGGAAAUCUUCGAGUGGAGUGAAUGCAAAAACUAAAAAUGAUUCAAAGCCGAAACCAGAUUUUGAUGUAAAUGUUGGGCUCUCCGAGCGUUCUCCAUGGUUCUGUAGCUUAUGUAAUACUAAGGCUACCAGUAGGCAAACCUUGCUUCUCCAUGCAGAAGGAAAGAAACACGGUGCUAAAGCAAGAGCUUUCCAUGCAGCAAAGCAGCAGCCUAAAGAUGCGAAAGAAAACAAGGCUUCCAUUGAAAACAAUGUCAGAAAUGAGCAGCCUAAAGAUGCGAAAGAAACCAAGGAUUCCACUGAAAACGAUGUUAGAAAUGAAAAUGCUGACAUUAAAGAUUUGGUGGAACCUAGAGAACCAAAUUCGUCUGAAGUUGCUACUGUGCAUUAUGGUUCCGGAGUGGAAAAUAGUUCUUUGCAGUCGAAUAAGAAAAGAAAACUCGAGGCAUCUGAAACUAAUGGUGCUCAGAAGAAGGCUGGAUGUCUUAUACCUUCAGAAUUAAGCAAUGGUGAAGUUAUUCAAGUUGAAAGAGCAGAGAAGAAAAUAAAGUGGAAAAAGCUCAUUACAUCAGCACUUAAAUCUAAUCCAGAUGGCGCUCUGAAGUUUAAAAAACUCAGGAAAUUGGUCCUGAAGUUUCUCAAGGAAUCUGGUUCCACGGACGACAAAACCCGGGUUUCUGAAAUGCUUGAGCAGAAAGUCAAUUCAAGUUCUAGAUUCACUGUCGAUGGCAAAUACGUUCGCCUAGCAGCCAGCAGCUAA